UCUCUCCUUCCAGUCUUGUGAAACAAGAAAAUGCUCUUUGGAGGGAGCUGCAUCGGUCUGUGAGCCAAACCAAUCUCCACCCUCCAUCCUUCCAAUCUAACGCCUCUCAUCAUUCGUCAAAACUCUCUCUCUUUCCUUUUUUUUUCUCUUCCUUCCCUCACAGCGGUUUUAAUCAUAAACCCUAGCCGAAACAGUGAACCUCACUCUCUCUGUUCUUCUCUGCGACGCUCUCUGUUAUCUUCUUCUGUUCUCUUCUCAUGUACGCAGAUCUCGGUCUCAAAGAUCCGCCUUUAAAAUUUCUCUAUUUUUUUUUUCUUUUUUUCCCAUAAUCCUCUUUUCUUGGUUUUUCCUCUUUUUAUGAUUAAUUUAUAAUCGGACAUGAUCCUUGUUCGAUUUUGUAUAGCCAUGGCGUUUUUUCUUUUUCCGUAGUACUGGAAAUAUCAUGUGAGACUGUCAUCUUGAAGGCAGAAGAAAAAACCAGUUCGGUUCGGUUUUUACCGAGGUUUACCUUACGGAAAUGCCGGCGGCUGGGAUGCGCCGCACGACGAGAGUGUUCGGCAUGAAAGGAGCCGACUCGGCCCGAGUUUUGCGCUCUGGGCGACGGCUGUGGCCGGAUUCGGGUGAGGUGAAGACUAAACGAUCCAACGAUGGUGACGAUUGGGCGGUGACGCCGUCCAAGGUGACGAAACUUGACACUGUCGUGACGCCACGUGGCACUGUGAAGGGGAGGCGCGAAGAACCGGUGGUUGAUGCACCUGACAAGACUAUUGAUAGGAGAUUUGGCAUUGUGUAUGUGAGGAGGCGGAAGGGGUUAAAGAAGGAAGGCUCUAAAAGGAGCGUGGAGGUUUCGCUUUGUGUGCUUUCGGUUGUUGUGAGUCGCACUGCCGGGAAGAGUGCUCUGUUUUUGAGACUGUUGGCUUCGGUUGUGAGGUAUGCCAAGAGGGUUCGGAUUUCGAUGAGGAAACUUUCGGGUUUUUUAAUGUCGGGGACUGUUAAUGGUGUUUUUGCUUUGGAGGGGAUGCAAUUCGUGAAGGGUCCUCCUGCUGUUAACUCUGGAAUAUGCCAAUUCUUUGGGGUCACAAAGUUUGUACCACUGUUUUCUGUGGACUUUUCUGCUGUUCCUUCUUGUUUUGAGUAUCUGCAUUCUGCGAUGUUCUUUAGAUCUAUGCAUAGGUCAUUUUUUCUUGUAUGUAAUCCAAUAAAUGUGCAUAGUGAUGUUGAUGAUAUUGAAUCAGACGAGGAUUUAUUGGAAUACCAGAAUGAAAAGCAGAUUUCUAGUGAUACCUUCAAAAGGGAACCGUCUGAGACUGGAACUGUUACAUCUGAUGUUAUUGAAAACAAUGAUGUUUUAUCCUUACAUUCUUCUGUCAAGUCCACCACCAGAGCAGCUGGUCGAAAUGGACAGUAUAGGAACAUGCUGAACUCUAGAGGCAUUCAGAAGAGGAGAAGUUCACUAAGGAAAAGGAAAGCGCGUAAUCCUUCUAUGGGGAGUUUACGGAGAAAUGGAGCAGUUGCUUCUGAGCUAACAGGUGGUAGGAGAAGUAAUAGCCAGUUUUCUGUUGUGACCUCUAGCAAGAAACUUAGAAGUUUGGCGAAUGGUAGCACCACUAGUAGCCUCAAACAAGCUAGUUCAGCUAUAGUCGAUUCAAAAGAAACACUGGGUUUAUCUUCAUGUUCUGCAAACUUACUGGUAUCAGAGAUACACCAAUGCCAAAGGGUAGAGGGAGCAAUUGUUACUUUAGAGAUGUCUGCUUCAAAAGAAUGGCUUCUCACUGUAAAGAAAGAUGGAUUAACAAGAAGUACAUUCAAAGCAGAAAAAGUGAUGCGGCCCUGCUCAUCCAAUCGAUUCACUCAUGCAAUCAUGUAUUCUUUGGACAAUGGGUGGAAACUGGAGUUUACCAAUCGUCAAGACUGGAAUGUCUUUAAAGACCUUUAUAAGAAGUGUUCCGAUCGUAAUAUCCCUUCUACUGCUGCCAAAUUUAUACCAGUUCCAGGUGUGCGUGAGGUCUCUUCAUAUGCAGAAAGUAACAGUUUCCCCUUUCACAGACCAGAUACAUACAUAUCUGUCUUUGGUGAUGAGUUAACUAGAGCAAUGGCUAGGACAACUGCAAAUUAUGACAUGGAUUCUGAAGACGAGGAGUGGCUGAAAAAUUUCAACGCCGAGUGUCAAAAUCCUGUGUCAGAUGAUAAUUUUGAGUUAAUUAUUGAUACUCUGGAGAAGGUUUAUUAUUGCAAUCCAGAUGAUCCGUUUGAUGAAAAAUCUGCAACUUGUUGUUGUCAGAACCUUGGUAGCAAGGAAGUGGUAGAAGCUGUAUAUAACUAUUGGAUGAGAAAACGGAAGCAAAAACGAUCUUUGUUGAUUAGGGUUUUCCAGGGUCAUCAAUCAAAGAGAGCUCCACUUAUCCCUAAGCCCUUGCUACGAAAAAGGAGGUCGUUUAAGAGACAACCCAGUCAGUUGGGUAGAAGCAAUCAACCAAGUGUUUUGAAAGCAUUUGCAGCUGAACAAGAUGCGAUGGAAGAGAAUGCAAUGCUGAGGAUUGAAGAAGCGAAAGCCAAUGCAAACAUGUCUAUGGAAUUAGCCAUACACAAACGCAGAAGGGCUCAAUCUCUUGCUCAGAAUGCAGAUUUGGCCACCUACAAGGCCACAAUGUUAAUUAGAAUAGCCGAAGCAGCUCUUGCCGCAGAAUCAGUAGAUGACGCAGCAGCAUAUUUUCUUGAUUGACGGUUAGAUACACUCCUAUGCUAAUUAUCAUCACACCACAAAUUUUAUUACAGGAUGGAUCAUAGUAAUCUGCUGCUGUUUUAUUGUAAACACUGUACAGAUUUUUGCUUGUAUGUAUAACUUGGAUUUAAAUGAAGACCUCAACCAAUCUUUUGUAUGAGUAGGAGGUUGGUUGGUCUCCAUGGAAGGAAGAUAGUACCAAAAGAAUGAAAAUGAAAAAUGAAAUACAGGAUUUCUGAGCCUCAUGA